AUGACUAGUGAUGCCGAUGAUGUGCUAGAGUUUUUAGACUCUUUACCAGCCAGUACUGCUAAUAACACUAAGGGAAAGGGUAAGGUUAGUGGGAACGGCGGCCAGGAUGAGGAUAUUAUGGAAUUCUUAGACGAAUUGGAAAAUAGUAACCUGGAUAUUAAGAAGAAACCGUCCAAAAAGGACAAGCCACAAUCCUCUAAGAAGCAAGAGAAAGAGAAACCGGAGGAGAAGCCAGAAUCGAACGAGAAACCUGUAGAAGAGACAGCCAGUAAAGAGAAACCGAGUGAACAGAAAGGAAAAGAAGAACAUGUGGCAGAAGAAGGUGAAGAGGCAGUUCAGGACCCACUGGCGUCAAUUUCCAAUUGGUGGUCAUCUAGCGGUUCUGCUACAGUAUCCAGUUUCUGGAACAAGACCACAGAACAAGCCAAUCAAUUGAAAGAGAAGAUAGCUACUCAAGAGGGCAACUUGAAAAUAAACGACAUAGGGGCCAGAUUAACGGCAUUGCAGGGGUCUCAUGUCAUUUCUGGGCUUACUUCACAAUUGACUAAGAUUGUCAUUGGUGAAACGGAUGAAGUGAUCAGAAUUCAUUUGGUUCAUGAUUUACACAAUUUGAACGAGGAAACGAUUACGUAUCAGGUGGAAGACCAAUUCGAAAGAUUACUAUCGCAACAGGUGCAAGGUGGAAUAAGAAUAUUUGCUGAUGAAUGGGAUCACGGCAGGAAAGUGGAUGAUAACGUUAACUUGAACCUUUUCCAAGGUAAAGCCGUUGACGGUGAAAAAUUAUGCUUGGCCAACCUUGACAAUGCAAUCAAGACGUGGGAGACUGCUAAGAAACAAUCGAGAAGAACCAGUAACCCAGUGAGUAAAGUAAGCGAUCUUUUUGUCAGCAUUCUGGCCUGCGAGGUUACUGGGAAAGACGGAUCAUCCGAAGCCGAUUCUAACACUGUUUUGAUCGACGCAUCGAGACAAAACAACUUCCAUUUCAUUGUCAUCUUGAAAGACAUAAGUAAUGAUAUCUUGCUAAUAGUGAGAUCCCAAGGUUACCCCUCCAAAUGGGCCAAAUGGUUACAAUCCGAUGCACUAAGCGAUGAGGAAUCCACAGAAAAAAUCGACCCAAGUGAUUGGGUGAAACCAUGGAUAUCCGAAGGUCUUGAUCUAACUUUCGGUAUUCUUGCCCAACAAUACGUCAUAAGCAGAAUGAAUUUGUGA